CUAAAUUCAUUUGUCAGGCCCUCUAUUUGGAUACCAAACUAUGAUCAUUCAAUGCUGUGAAAUAGAACUUCCAAACCCGUCCUCUAUAGAUGAUCUCCAGAUCACAUACAUGUACAACAUUGGAAGAUGUUCAUCCACUAAUGACCACCAAAUUUGAAACACUUCAUCAGUCAUUCAUUGGAACACGAUGCGGUGGCUGAGAAUAAUAGAAGUAGACCAUUGACCACCAGUCAUAUCACACUGAUAAGCGUCGUCGUCGUCGUCAUCAUCAUCAUCAUCAUCUUCUUCUUGUUCUUCAUCAGACACGAUUCAGAGAUUCUUCCGUUGGUUUCGAAAUUGCCCGCAAUCACUCCUCGAGCUCCUCCUAAAGCGAGGCAAGCAUGUGUGUUGUGUUCGCCUCUAUGAGUUGAUUCAGGUUGACUCACUCAUCUCGUGCUCCCUGUAUUCCUCUCAUAUAUGUAGAGAUGCGAGUUUGGAUGUCUGUCUCUAUCCAAGUAACUAACUGCGGCAAACUGUGGGUAAGUAAGUGAGUGAGUGAGUGAGUGAGAGUUGUAACGCUGUCUUCUUGUGGCCAUGUCGUUCUCAUUCCUUCCAUGGAUGAGGAAGGAAGCGACAAGCGACGUUUGGCCUGUUUUUCCUCCCCUCUCUGAGGGAAUUGUGAAGGAUGAGUGCGGGAGUGCGCGAGUAAGAUGGAGGAGGCCGUCUCUCGUUCUAACGUUCCGGGAUGUGACUACAAAGGGGAGGAGGAGCCUAAAAGGUAAUCAAAUUUAGCUCCACCCUCGUGCUCUCAGUGUGGACGUUACUUGUGUGCCUGUAACAUCAUCCAUUCCCUGUUUCUAGUUUCUGACCUGGUUCUCGGUGCUUCCUGCACCACCUACCUACCUACUACUGUUGACACUGCAUCAGUUCAUUGUUUGUAUUAAAAAUUAAAUGCCACCAAUGUCGGAAUAUUCAGCAUUAACCCACUUGAGCUCGACACCUUUGAGUGGACAGGACACAAGUGGCAUUAGUGCCAGUCAUUAUCCACAGACCAGCAGCAGUGCAGUGAACCAUUUUCAGCCCAGUUUAGUGAAUUUCUCGCCCACACCCGAGUCGCCAUUGUACUCGGCCUCGUCACAAACCUCAGAUUCGCUAGCCGCAUUCGGGUUCACCCAAGAACAAGUCGCUUGUGUCUGCGAGGUCUUGGAGCAAUCCGGAAAUGUGGAUCGUCUAGCCAGAUUUUUGUGGAGUUUGCCACCAUGUGAAAUACUCCAUCGCAACGAGAGUGUUUUAAAAGCCAAAACUUUAGUUUAUUUCAAUAAAGGUAAUUUCAAGGAGAUGUACAGGAUCAUCGAGAGCUUUCAAUUUUCGGAACAAAACCAUCCGAAGCUGCAAAUGCUGUGGAUGAAAGCCCAUUACAUCGAGGCAGAAAAACUUCGAGGCCGACCUUUGGGCGCCGUAGGGAAAUACCGAAUCCGCCGAAAGUUCCCCCUUCCACGAACAAUUUGGGACGGCGAAGAGACGUCAUAUUGUUUCAAAGAAAAAUCUCGACAAGUGCUCCGCGAAUGGUACAAUCACAACCCUUAUCCCAGUCCUCGGGAGAAACGGGAGUUGGCAGAUGCCACUGGUCUAACCACCACACAAGUGUCGAAUUGGUUCAAGAAUCGGCGACAACGCGAUAGGGCCUCAGAAAAUAAUGGAUGCGAGAAUGCCGAGCAUAAAGAUGAUAUGGAUUCGACAGAUUGUUCAGACUUCAAUAAAUUUGAACAAGAUGAGGCCAAUGAUGAGCAAGAGGACGUAAAAAGAAAAGGGCCUAGACUCAUACCAUCGGCCUCGAGUAUUACAGCAGAAGGUCCAGGAAUCGAUGGAACCCAUGGAUCAAAAUCACUUUUGCCGCAGUUUUUCGGCAAGAUGAUGUCCUUUUCGCACUGUCAGUCCGCCGUUCUUCCUUAUUAUUCUCACCCAUAUUACUCAGAGCGACAACCUUUGUGAUAUGUGAUGUUCGUCAAAAAUACAAAACGGUUUUUUCAUAAAAAACAUCAA